AUGUUUUAUUAUUUUAUUCUUCUUUAGGUUUGUUAUAAAAAUGUAAAAGAAGGGAAAGCAUUAGCAGCAGUGGAACAGUGUUAGUGUGUGUUAUCAGGAACUCGUGUAUCUGUGGGGAACGAUGUCAUGGAGUGAUGUCACGGAAUGAUGCUUUUUGAUGCCAUGGAGAUGUUCUGAUUCUGAUUCUAUACCAAAACAUGUUUCUCUCUCUCUCUCUCUCUCUCUCUCACACACACACUACUGCGAGUUUAUAAGUUUGCAUAAAUGAAAGAAGAUAAAAGGACGAUCAGUAAUUUAUCAUUUUAAUUGAUCAGAGAUGGAGGCUCUGGAGAAGGAAAGGGAUGAAAUGAGGACAACAUUUCAGGCUGAUAAAGACAGUUUGGUGCUCCAGCUUGAGGAAGAGAGAAGAAACAUGGAGAAGGAGAAAGAGAGAUUCGAGCUCCAGCUGAGAGACAGCGACGCCAGAGAAGCUCAGAUGAGAGAAGAGAUGGAGGCUCUGGUGAAGGAAAGGGAUGAAAUGAUGAGAACAUUUCAGGCUGAUAAGGACAGCUUGGUGCUCCAGCUUGAGGAAGAGAGAAGAAACAUGGAGAAGGAGAAAGAGCGAUGGGACAAAAUGGAGAGCAGGCAGCAGAUAGUUAAAGGUGGUUGGAAAAAACAUUGUGAUGUAUUGGUGCAAAUGAUUGUUGAAAAGGAAGAAAUGCUGGAGGAGAUAACAGUAGAGGUGGAAGCCCUGAAAGGAACCGUGAGAGAACUUAAGCAAAAAGCAAGGGAUAUGGAUCCUGAGAUGAUGGAGGAGCUCAAGGAAGUUGAUAAAAGGCUGAAGAACUUUGGUCCAAAGUGGUUCCAGAAGCUCAGGAAGAAGAAGAACAUGAAGCAAAGACAGUACCUGGAGAAAGAGAUAGAGAGACUUGAGCUCCAGCUGAGAGACAGCAAAGCCAGAGAAGCUCGGUCCACAGAAGUGAUUAAUAUUAUGAUGAAGGAAAGGCUUAAGAUGAAGAGACAGUUAGCGAUUCAUAGCUUGUUGACAGACAUAUUUCAGAGAAGGUCUAAAAGGGAAAAUGACGAACAGCAAGAGAGAUUGGAUCUCGAGCUGAGAGAAAGCAUGGCCAGAGAAGAUAGCACAACGGACAUGAUUAAUGCUCUGGUGAAGGAAAGGGUUGAAAUGAUGAAAAGGUUUCAGGAAGAAAAGGAGAGCAUGACACUCAAGCUUAAGACCGAGAGGGAGAACAUGGAGAAGGAGAAAAAUCAAGAGAGAUUCAAGCUCCUGAAGACAGAGAGAGAGGCCAUGGAAGAGUUCAUGGUGGAAAAAAUGAAUGAACUGAGGACACAGUUUCAGGCUGAAAAGGAAAGGUUGGAGAAGAAGAUUCUGGAGAAGGACAAAAUGCUGGAGAUAACAGAAGAGAUGGAGGACUCUGCAGAAAUGAUGAAGAAAGCAGGAAUGAAGGAGGGACUCAAUAAAGUCGAUAAGAAGCUGAAACACUCUCCCCUACAGUGUUUCCAGAAACUCUGGAAGAAGAAGAACAUAAAGGGGAGACAGCAGAUGGAGAAAGAGCAAAAGAGACUCGAGCUCCAGUGGAGAGAGAGCGACGCCAGUGAAGCUCAGAUGAGAGAAGAGGCUCUGGUGGAGGAAAGAUUUCAGCCUCAAAAGGAGAAGAUGGUGGUCAAGUUUGAGAAGGAGAGGGAGAACAUGGAGAAGGAACUGCAUCAGAUUGUGGUGACAGUGGUAAUCUGAAAAAACGAGGAAGGUGAGGAGAGAAAAAUCUGUGAAACGCCAAAAGAUUUAGACUUUGGGUCGAGUUCAGAGUCGCUUCAGUUCAGAAGAUACGCAGGUAGAUUCAGUAGAUUUAGACUCGUGCUGUUCAGGUGUUUAACUGGAUUUUCUGAGCAGAACGUUUAUUGAAGUGACCUGUGUAUAGCUCUCAGCUCUGUGGUGUUUAAAUGACUCCAUUAACAGAGAGCGUGAGGACGGCUGACCUGAGCACACAGCAGCAUCAGCAAGUACGGCCAUUAAGAGAGAGAGUGGAAUGAUGUGGACUUGCGUACACACACGAAGGUACUCACGGGCUGCGAGUGGUGAUACGCAGGAAUGACCUGCAAAAGCAGGUAAGGCAACUUUAAUGAAAGUCUGUGCAACAAAUCCAAAAACAUAAGGCAGAGGCAAAAAGAAGAAACAGGCAGAAGUCAGGCGAUCCACAAACAGGAUAUCAGAAAGAGACAAAAUACGUAAUCAGUAAACAAAGUCAAAGUCAGAACCAGUAUAAAUCAGGCGGCAAAAUACAAUGUCUGGGUAAUGUCAAAGACACCAAGGAAUUGAGUGUUUACUUCGCAAAGAGCUGGCAGGACAACGCCUCUAUAUAAAGAGGGGUGUGUGUGUAAUUGGGAUCAGGUUGCCUGAUCAGAAGUCCGAUGAUUGCGAAUGAGGUAGUGUACCUUGGCUUGGGCACAGGCAGUACAGGAAGAUACGCCUCGGUGCAUGUCGGAAAACAUGUCCAGCCACCAUCUGUUUUUUUUUGGUCGUCAUUUAAAUCGUAUCUACACAUCGCCUGUCAUUUUUUGUUUGUCGUUUAAAACGUAUCUCCAUGUCAUCUGUUGGUCUACACUUUGAUCAUGAGUGAAUUUAAUAUCUGAUUGCUCACUCUCAAGCAAUCCCCUUUCUUCCGGAAACCUCAAUCUUAUUUAAAGUAAAAUUCCAAGAUGGCAUUUUACCUACAGCUUCCAGAAGAAAGGGGAUUAGUGGAGUGAGCAAUCAGGAGUAGGAGCACGUCUCUUAUCCCCAACAAAUUUUUCAAAAGAUUAACUUGACCUGGGACUGAAGUGUACACCCUGGUAUGAGUGGGUAAAGGAACGGUGUGGGUCUCAGUGCUCGCAGUGCUCAAGUGCUCUCACGUGUGACCGACAGUCAGUGUCUGUCUCUCUCUGUCGGUCUGUGUGUGACCUCAUGGUCUCUCCUGAUGACCAUGCUUGCUGCUCGGCACGCUCAGGUCAGCAGUCCUCACGCUCUCUGUUCACGUCAUACAGGUUUCCAUGUUUUCCAGGUAAUUCAGUAAAUAACUUGUAAACUCAUAAACAUCACAUUCAGCAGCUAUGCAGCACGAAUCUGAAUACAGAGAACGUUCCCCAUGUAAAUACUGACAUCUUGAUCAUCAGCUGUCGACUCUGGAUUUGGCCCAUAACCAUCGUGCUCUCCUUCCAACUGAACAAUAAACCUCUCAGUUUAAAAAGA